ACAUAGACAUAUGUCUAUGUCUCUGUACGCAGCUAAGUGUAUAAAUGACGCAGCGGUACAACUAUGGAAGGCCAGGCAGGACAAAAAAUAUACGAUACGCAGAUACAGCUAUUUAUAUACAGUCUAUGAGAUACAAUCAUGGAAAAAAAUAUUAGACCACCUUUGUUUUCUUCAAUUUCUUAUUCAUUUUAAUCCCUGGUACAACUAAAGGCACAUUUGUUUGGACAAAUAUACUGAUAACAACAAAAGUAGCUCAUAAUUAUUAUUAUUUUUUACCAUUUUCUGUGCUUUUCUUAAUAAUAACCAAAAUCGUUUUCAUUAAAGACAUGGAAAAUGGCUAGAUAUCAGCUCUUAAAUUAAACUCUUAUUUCUCCUGAUUACAUGAAUCAUUUUAAAAAAAAUAUUUAUAUUUCUAACAUUAGAUGAAUUGUUGACCUAGUGUUGUUUUUUUACUCAGGUGACACUGUUCAUCUUGUGUUUAUACAGAGAAUACAUUAAGCUAUCUCUGACACAUGAAUCGUGUUUUAAAUGAAAAUGAAGUAGUUUUAGAAAAUGUAAAUCUCCAUCUCUGUCAUUUAGGUACAAAGAUGAACUGCUGUGGUCUGCUAACUGCUCAGAAGGAACCAGUUCCUCUGAAGAGCGUGGAGGUGGAGGUGGAGGUGAGGGACCAUGUGGCUACAGUGGUCUCCACUCUGAACUAUGAGAACAAGGAGGACAAACCACUGGAGGCAGUUUUUGUCUUCCCUCUGCCUGGAGAUGCUGCUGUCUGUCAUUUCAGUGCUAAGAUUGGACAGACAGAGAUUGUAGCUGAGGUGAAGGAGAAACAGGAGGCUCGUGAGGAGUAUGAUGAUGCACUGAGCUCCGGUCGGCAGGCCUUCCUGUUGGAGGAGAGUGAUCAGAGUCCAGAUAUAUUCUCUAUGAGUGUGGGCAGUCUGCCUCCAGGAGAGAGCGCCUCCAUCAGGCUGGAGUACGUCACUGAGCUGGCUGUGCAGGCUGAUGAAGGCCUCAGGUUUUGUCUGCCUGCUGUGCUCAACCCUCGCUACCAACCUAGAGGUAGUGAAGGCAACCCUGUCCAGGUGACCUCUGUUCCAGCCUCUCUGGUGCCCUACAGUCUGUCUUUUUCUGCCAGAGUGUCCUCUGCUCGUCCAGUCUCUAAAGUAGAGUCCAACUGUCCCCUGGACCCUCUCCAGUACCUCAACACAGAGCAAACCCAGGCCACGGUGAAGUUGUCUGCAGGACACAAGUUUGACAGAGAUGUUGAACUGCUGAUUUAUUACAAAGAUGCUCACCAGCCCACUGCUGUGGUGGAGGCAGGACAGGCCUCUGCCAAACCUGGCACUCUGAUGGGUGAUCCAGUAGUGAUGCUGAGUCUGUACCCUGAGUUCGCCCAGGCUGUGAUGUCUUCAGUCGCCUCAUGUGGAGAGUUUGUGUUCUUACUGGAUCGAUCUGGAAGUAUGCAGGGGGAACGUAUGAAGAGUGCCAGGGAUACUCUGCUGCUCCUGUUGAAGAGUUUACCAAUGGGCUGCUAUUUCAACAUCAUCAGUUUUGGGGACAGCUAUGAACACAUCUUCCCUAAGAGUGUGGAGUACAGCCAGCAGACCAUGGAAGAGGCUCUGAAGAAAGUUGAGGAGAUGGAGGCUGAUCUGGGAGGAACAGAGAUCCUUGAGCCCCUCAAACACAUUUACAGCCAGCGCUGCAUUUCCAAUCAACCUAGACAAGUAUUUGUCUUUACUGAUGGAGAGGUGACAAACACCAAGAAAGUUAUUAACCUGGUGAAGAAGAAUUCAGGCUCCCACAGGUGUUUCUCUUUUGGGAUUGGGGAAGGGGCCAGCUCUGCUCUUAUCAGCGGGUUGGCCAAGGAAGGAGGAGGUCACGCUCAGUUCAUCACAGGGACUGACAGGAUGCAACCCAAAGUGAUGCAGUCUCUGCGAUUUGCUCUACAACCAGCUGUGGAGGACAUCUCAGUCAAGUGGGAUCUGCCAAGGGGAGUCUCUGUCACUGUUCUCUCUCCACCAAUCACAGCUCUUUUCCAGGGUCAAAGGUCACUGGUUUAUGCCCAGCUCACAGGACAGAGCUCAAAAGCAGCAGAGGGCUGUGUGACGGUGAAGUACAGCCUGGCAGGUCAACCCUCUAAGAACAAGCUCAACUUCAGUCUCAAACCUGCAGAGGACACUGGAUUAACAGUCCACAGGUUGGCUGCUCAGACUCUGAUUCGCUCCCUGGAGAUGGAGGAGAGAGAGCACAGCGGGGAGGGAGAUGGAGGAGUGAAGAAGAAGGUGGUGGAGCUCAGUGUCCAAUCAGGAGUGAGCAGUGCCUUCACUGCCUUCAUUGCUGUCAACAAAGGUGACGGCGAGGCGAUCCAAGGACCUCUGGUGCGCAGAAAUGUCCCAACACCCAUGCAGUUCCAAUGCAUGAUGCUUUGUGAAUCUGAUGAUUUUUGCAAUGCGGCACCUUGCAGUUUUGAUCUGGAUGACUAUGAAGAGGAUGAGGGUGGUUCGGAAGAUGACGAGGACGAUUAUGAAAAUCGCUUCGGCCCAGGCCUUCGUGGCUGUGCUUUAGGGAUGAGGAAUGACGUUGCCAAGCCCAAGCAGCCUCCCAGAGACCCUCUGCUGCAGCUGGUCUCCCUCCAGAAGGCGUCUGGCUGCUGGGUGCUGGAUCCAGCUCUGGCUGCUGCACUGGGAAAGACCAGCGAGGAGGUGGAAAAGCCCAAACCUUCAGGGCAGGUGAAGCAGGAUGUGUGGGCCACCAUUCUGGCUCUGAUCUGGCUUCAUGGUUUCAAGAUGGAUGCUCAGGAAGAGUGGGAUCUUCUGGCUAUGAAGGCUGUGUCGUGGCUCCGUACUCAGAAUGCACCAGGUGUGACAGAGUGUGUGGAAGCUGGAAAUACUCUGUUGGGUUGCAAAGUGCCAAAAAACGUCCUGGGACUAUGACGUUUUCUUGAACAGGACUGGUACACAGAAACAGAUUUACACCAUCUUACAGCCUUUGUAUUAUCAACAUAUAUACCUCGUAAUUAAAUCAUAUUCUGUUGUUUCCACUGGUUUUGUAUGUUGUAUGUUUGAAACCUUCCCUAUUCAUUAUGCAGUAAGAGCUGUGUGACAUCAGGCUUUUUAAUGCACUUUAGCUUUCACUGAUUGCAAAUAAUACCUCGA